UAUUUAGUCUGUGGUGACGCCAUAUUUACAUUCUACGCCCGUCACCAGUGACCGAAUAAUAAUAUUCUGCAUUAAUCUAGUUACAUUCACAUUGAAAUUUAAUAAAAACAGUUCAUAAUAUACAGUAAAAAUGGAAGAACAAGGAGGAAGUUCCGCACCAAGAGUAAGCGACAAACGCUUGGCACAAACACAAGCCAAAGUAGAUGAAGUUGUUGGCAUUAUGCGUGUCAAUGUCGAGAAAGUUUUGGAAAGAGACCAAAAAUUGUCGGAACUAGAUAAUCGCGCAGAUGCGCUGCAACAUGGGGCUGCACAGUUUGAACAGCAAGCUGGAAAACUUAAGCGCAAGUAUUGGUGGCAGAAUUUGAAGAUGAUGUUAAUUAUAGGUGCUAUUGGUGCAGUGUUGCUUAUUAUCAUUAUUGUGUGGGCAACGUCCGGUUCGUCAUCCCCUGCCGCGCCUCCAGUAACUGAAGCGCCUAAAGAUGUUGGCCGAUAGUUAGCCAAUUUAAACAUAUAUUCCAAAAAGUAUUUAUUGUGACUGGGAUUGGGGUUCAGAAACGACCAAGCGCGACUGGACAAAGGAAACUUGUAAUAGACGCACACUAUAUUUCUACAUGAGUUUUACAUUUAGCCUUAAAAAUAUUGAAAAAUUUAUACUGUUUACAAAAGUCCCAAACAAAAUACUAUACAAUUUUAUAAAAGUUAAUACAUUAAGAUUAUUAUUAUGAAAAAUUGUGAUUUCUCUUCAUAGCUAGCUUUCAUAUUUAACAGUGGCCAACAAUAUUUUUAUAAAUAUCUUGUGAUAGGUAGUAAUAAAUUAUGAGUAGAGUGUAUGUAUCACACAGAUUGAUUAUUUAAACUCACUUUAACACAUUCCGUGCCAAGUAUCCUUGCCUGACUUGUCAUUCACUCCAUUUGAUAUUUGGACUAAAGAUUGAUAUAUUUUUACAAAACAUACUAAGUAAACAUGUUCAUGUAAGAAUCACAUUUUACAGAAUUACAUUUGUUAUAUAUAUUCAGUGCAAUAAAUAUGACUGUGUCUACCAUGAUUCAUAUGGCACGGAAGCGAUUAAAUAUUUCUCUCCAAAGCAAAAUAAAAAGCACUUUUCACACUGAACAAUUCACUAGUAGACUUGUCAGUUCCAAUAAGUUGUGAAUUUGUGAUGGUAAAUUCUUUACAAAUUAACUGAGAUACAAAAUUUUCACCUAGAAAUAUGGAGGUAAAUAAAACUUACGAACUAUAAUAACUGUAAAGUGGUUGUUCAAAAAAUAAAUGAUAUCAAUAUUUGAUGUUGAGAAGGUUUUGUCCCAUUUUGUAAGUUCAGGAAUAAAA